AUGAGCCCCAAGCCCAGCCUUCGCGUGACAGCUGUGGUCGAAAGCUGCCGCUGUGACUGUCAGCUCCCCGGGCUGUUUAGCUCUUAUGCAAAGCCUGCGGUUCAGAUCCACGUGUCACUCUCAGGUCACUACGUCUCACUGCAGCAGAUAUUGCCCAAGACCUACGGACCCAACAAUAGCAUCAUUGAUAAGUCCUUUUGCAUUUCCAUUUUUAGAAGUGCACAGCAGAGUGAUAUUCUGAGCAAGAGUCCACCAGAAGAAUGGCCCUUGGUAAGGACCCCUCCACAGCAGAAGCCCUGGCCUGUGAAGCCCAGGACUGUCUCUCAUGAAUACCUUGCCCCUGGUGGGAGUGCCUACCUGGUCCUGGGCUUCCCACUUGGGAGUGCGCUUGGCGAGCCCCGUGCAGACGGUGUCUUCCUUAUUGAAGAUGCCACCCAUGUGCAAUCCAAGGGGAAAGGCCUCUCCCACAUGAGGCUAGAGUGCAGCAGCCCAGCCUCCUUCGCUGGGGAUGCGCUGUGGCUGGGUCGGACCCUACACAUCCCGCUGGAUGCAACAGCUCUGGGUCAUGUACUCUCAUACACAGUCGUGCACAUGCACGGUCUUGUACGCAGCCGGAAAGGACUGCAGAGGCCUUCAGAUGAUCUCCAGGCUGCAGUAUCCAGAGGUGUGGUUUCUGACCCAAAUGCCUGUCCAACCCGAGAGCUGCUGCAUCGCCUUUUGGGAAAGGCUGGCCUGGAGAGAAUCAAAGCAGGCUAUAGGCAGAAGAAGCUCAAGAGAGAAGUCGAGAAGCACAAGCGUUUUGAAGACUAUCUGAUUAAGGUCCUUGAGAAAAUCCCGGAAGGCUGCACGGGAUGGGAGGAGCCGGAGUAGGUGCUGGUGGAUGCCAUGGUGAAGCACUACGGGAAGCUCUUCACAGCCAGCCAGGACACACAGAAGCGCCUCGAGGCCUUCUCCCAGAUGAGCCAGGCCGUCCGCCGGAGCCUGGAGGCUCUAGAGGAGGACCACAGGGCUCUCAUGCCGAGCCUCAAGAUCCGGCUGUGUCAGCAGCAGAAGAAGUGUUACCGCAAGCAGGAGCAGUGGUGGCAGCUGAAGCACACUUACCAGAAGGACAUCUUUGACACACACACCACCAGCAGCUAUAAUGAUCAGCUGCUCAGCUAUAUGCAAAUGACCAUCACCAACAUGGCCCGGCAGUGCUGCCCCUCUGCCCAUGGCGUGCCCAGGAGCAUGGAUCUCUUCUCCAAGCUCGAUCUGAUUAAGGAGUUCAUGUUGGACAAAAUGGAGACUGUAAGACUGAUCGCACUGCUCACGGAACCCAAAGUGUGCUGGUCAUGGGACAGCUUCAGGGACCAGUGGCUCAGAGGACACCCCAAACCCUUCAGAAAAUGUUCAAGGAGCCGGGUUUCCACCCCCAGGACACCCUGUCCCAGCCCCCAUGCUUCAGAGUGCUCCAGCCUGUACUGA